UCUUCCGGGUAACAGCAACGCGAGGUCGACACGCGAAUUUGGCGAUGUGAGCCGACGUCGUACAAACACACGCGACCUUCCCGAGUCGAGAUGCCAAUUUUCGUAGACACUUAGACGUGAAAACAGCGAAGGAUGUGAUCCUGUGCGAUGUCGCACUACUUGGUGCUAGUUUUCGCGCUUGUUUGGACGCUGGUGCGAUGCAGCUGUCCAACAAUGUGCAACUGCAAGAACUACGCGUUGGACGCUACCCAGAACGAUUUCUACAUGGUGGCUACUUGUGCCAGCCUACCCAGCAACGUAACGGAAGAGUUGAGCGAAAAACUGAAGGAGUUAACCCUUCUAAACUUGAACGACACGAUCGUUGAUGAGUUCGAAACGUUUCUAAACUCUCACCUCCCGAAUCUGCGACGUUUAUCACUGAGGAACUCUUCGAUUUCCCUUGGUAACUUCACAAUAUCCGCCAACAUAACCCAUUUGGAUUUCUCUGGCAACAAUUUGGACGCUUGGAUACAACCACCAGAAGACAACGCGAUUCGCAUCUUGGAUAUAUCAAACAACCGAGUAGCUUCACUUCAAAACUAUACAUUCAGGACUUUGAACAGUUUGGAAGUGCUGAAUAUAAGUUUCAAUAAUGUAUCAGUGCUCGAACCUUACACGUUUUCCGAGCUACAUAACUUGAAGUGUUUGGACUUGUCAGGCAAUUCAAUUGUCCUACUGACACAGAAAGUGUUUCUCCCAGUGAUAUCUUUACAAUAUCUGAAUUUGAGCAAGAAUCACCUCAGUGUUCUGAGUGAGACAUCCUUCGAGGGUCUCAACAAACUACAACAGUUGGACUUAUCUUGGAAUAACUUGCGAAAGUUAGCCCCUGGUAGUUUGGAGUUACCAGGCUUAGCCAGAUUGUUCUUGGAAGGCAAUAUCGAUCUUGGGAAAUCGAGCGAUGCUUCAAUUCUUGUGGGGACAGGAAGAAAACUGUUGACAGUCGAUGCAUCCCAUUUAGGACUCCAACAGGUGCCACCCAGUCUGACACCUUCGAUAAGAACGUUGAGACUCGAAGGAAACAGAAUAAAAAAUAUAAACUGCGGCGAUUUAGAUUCCUAUCCCCUUCUCCAAAUGCUCGACUUCACCUCGAACUCCAUAGAUUUCAUCGAGGAGGACGCCUUGGGACGACUGGACUCCUUAACGAUGCUCAUUUUGAGCGAUAACAAGAUUCGGGAAAUACCUAAGAGUUUACCGGAGAAACUGGAAGUCCUGAGGAUAGAAAAGAACGAAUUGGAACAAGUAACAGAGGGAGAUCUGCAGGGAUUGACGAAGUUGGAAGUGCUGGUCCUGAACGACAAUAAAAUUAGAAUAAUUGGGGCCAGGGCUUUCUCCCAGCUGACUUCGCUGGUUACGCUCGAUCUCUCCCGCAACCCAGUCAACGUUCUACAACCGGGAUGCCUCCAGGGACCGGUUUAUCUGCAAGUAUUGCGAUUAUCCGGGAUAGAUUUAAUUUCUCCAGCGAAAGAUGUAUCUUUUCCCCUCACGGCGCCCGAACAUUUAAUCACUCUAGACUUAUCGAAGAGUCCGGGAUUAGCCAGGCAAUUCCUGUCGGACGUUGCAGUCCUGGCCGCCUCAAAACGACUGCAGGAAUUGGAUUUAUCGUACACGGACUCCGACGUUAUAAGAUCGGACCUUCUCCAUUAUCUACCCCAGCUGAGAAGUCUUCCCCUGGAGGGUAACAAAUUGAAUUGCUCGCAUCUACGUUGGCUGGGGGCAUGGAUGAGAAGGCAGGACGACAGGAGACAUCGGAACGUAGCCUGCGCCAGUCCUGCUGACCUCUGGGCGACCCUGCUCGUGGACUUGCCUGAAGAAGAAUGCGAGACCUCUAGUGUUCGAAGUAUUGUUACGAGAGCCACGACUUUGAGAUCCUCCGGAGACGGGAUUAGUGGAGGAAAUUUAAUUUUAACGACUGAGAGGAAGACUACAGUCGGGAUUGAUACCAGCACGUCCACGAUUGGAGUAAAUCAGGAUGUCAUUCCCGACAAAUUACCACCAGAGACGCCUCAUGGCCCCCUGACUGUAACAACAGACACGAACGAAAUUAAUUCGAGGUACAGCAAGAAGACAAACAGCAUACUCCAUCAAAAGGGGAAUAACAAGACUGGUAUAAUCUCGAAGUCGUCGUACAGAACAGUGACGGAGGUUCCAAUCGUUCCAACGCCACGCAGGAAGACAAUUAAUUCUCCCGGUAUAAGAUCCAGAUCUUCUUACACCAAAGUUAAUGACAUUGGAACUUACGAGGAGAACCCGCACAAGGAAAAAUCAACAACUCUAUACGUGGAUAUAGUGCCAAACACAGCGACACACUGGAACGGGAAGGCGGACGAGCUGUCUUCCGAUGAAAAGGACACUGUUAAAAACUCUUACCAUCCAGGUAUGAUAAUUUUGUUUAUGAGCGUUCUGAUCGCGUUCGCGGUGGUUGCGAUGUUCGCGAGCAAGUUCAACCGAAAGCGGCAAGUCAGAGAGGAUCGCGAUAUAGAAGUGACCAGCAUCCCUAGCAUAACGGAACUGUGGUGACAUCUGCGGGACAUAGAAGAAGACCGAACUGUACUCUACAACACCACGGAAAUGUCCUGAGAUUUACCUGUAUAGUUGUGAUAAAAUUUUGUACAUUGGAGAUUUUUUUCUAUUCCGGACUUGUAAAAAUUGUAAGAAAUAUAAAACGAGGAAAGAGUGAUCCACAAGUUUAUUUUGUAAUAUGGCGAUUAUUCGGAUAAUAAUGACAUUCGGGUCACGAGAAUAGUAGUGUGUAAUUUCGACAUGAUAUAUAUUGAUCAGAUAAUAAGAUAUUUCUCACUUUAUUUUGUGUACUUAAGGAAAACGUUAUUGUGAUUUUUGCUACUGACUGUACAUAAAUGUUUAUAUUUAUAUUAUUUAUCUGCCAAAUUUACUGAGUGUUAUGUGACCAUUUGGAUUUAGAACAAAUAUAUGGACGAAAAAGA